GGGAGUAAGCGCCCGCCCGCGCCACUUCCGACGCGGCCUCCUGUUCAGGUUCCGGGGCGCCGGGCAGCUCCCGGCCUGUGGACCGCGCGCCGCGCCCUCCGGUUCCGGGGGGGCCGCGCGGCCCGCGGCGGCGGGAAUGGAGGAGGCCGGAGCGGGGGAGGCCGAACUGAACUUGUCCCGCCUCACGUUGUCCCCGGAGACGCUGGAGUCGGAGCUGGAGGCGCGGGGCGAGGAGCGGCGCGGGGCCCGCGAGGCGCUGCUGCGGCUGCUGCUGCCUCACAGCCGUCUGGCGUCGCUGCCGCGGGCGCUGGGCAGCGGCUUCCCGCACCUCCAGCUGCUGGACGUGAGCGGCAACGCGUUGACCGCGCUCGGGCCGGAGCUGCUCGCGCUCAGCGGCCUGCGCACGCUGCUGGCCAAGAACAACCGGCUCGGCGGGCCCGGCGCGCUGCCCAAGGGCCUGGCCCGGUCGCCGCUCUGCCGCAGCCUCCAGGUGCUCAACCUCAGCGGCAACUGCUUCCAGGAGGUGCCCGCGUCGUUGCUGCAGCUGCGCGCGCUGCAGACCCUCAGCCUGGGGGGCAACCAGCUGCAGAGCAUCCCGGCCGAGAUCGAGAACUUGCGGAGUUUAGAGUGUUUAUAUCUCGGAGGAAACUUCAUCAAAGAAAUUCCACCAGAAUUAGCAAAUCUGCCUUCUCUAAGUUACUUGGUAUUAUGUGACAACAAAAUCCAAAGUGUGCCUCCUCAGCUUUCACAAUUGCAUUCGCUUCGUUCUCUCAGUCUUCACAAUAACUUGCUGACAUACCUGCCUCGAGAGAUUCUCAACCUUGUUCAUUUGGAAGAAUUGAGUUUGCGAGGAAAUCCAUUGGUUGUUCGUUUUGUUAGAGAUUUAACCUAUGACCCUCCAACUCUCCUGGAAUUAGCUGCACGGACCAUUAAAAUUCGAAAUAUUUCCUACACUCCCUACGAUCUUCCUGGGAAUCUUCUUAGAUACUUGAGUUUAGCCAGCAAUUGCCCAAACCCAAAGUGUGGAGGAGUCUACUUUGACUGCUGUGUCAGACAAAUUAAGUUUGUGGACUUCUGUGGGAAGUACCGCCUCCCACUGAUGCACUACUUAUGUUCUCCAGAAUGCUCUUCCCCUUGCAGUUCCGCCUCUCACAGCUCCACAUCGCAGAGCGAAUCUGACUCAGAGGACGAAGCUAGUGUUGCUGCACACAGAAUGCAGAAAGUUCUUCUUGGUUGAAAAGAAUGCAGGGUGGUAUGAAACAAUUAAAAGAACUGAGCAAAGGUGAUUAGAAAAAAAGAUGGACUUCAAAGUUUACUAGAAACCAUAUCUUCAUCUUGAAUCUCCAUGAGAGAGCUAGAGAUGAUGGAAACGAUUUUGUAUUUCAUCUUCGCAUUCAACAGGAAUGAGUCCAGUUCCAUGUUUGGAUUCUUUGAAUAUAAUUCACUCUGAAUAGUGGUUUCAAGUUUAGCUGAUUGUUUGCAGUUUUCACUCAAGUUUUGCAUGAAUCACACAGCAUAAUGGAGCAUUCUGUAGAGCAGUGCUACAAUAAACCAUGAGUGGUGUAACUUGUGACAGUGGAGAUGAAGAAAGAAAUGAUUAGAGCUGUAAUUAUUAUCAGAGUUGUCCUUGCGUUUAGACUGAAGACUAUAACAGGAUUAACCUUCCCUUCUUAUAUUGCCCACAUGUCUAGAUUAGAGCUAUUCAGAUAAGCUCACAGAUAUUACAUAGGAUCUAACCCUUUCUGACCUAACUGGUAAAGUGAGGGAUAUAAUUUUUAUGUGGGAUUUUAAAACUCUUCAGUAGUGCUCUUUUGUUCUCUAUGAUUGUUGUUGCCCUUCUGUAAUCCAGCAAUGACUUUUAGAGUGCCUUAAUCCAAGCAAGGUUUUAGAAAUUUAUUCAAGGAAUGAUGCCAGAGCAGCCUAUAUAACCUGACAUACUAUGCAGGACACUUUAAAAUAUGCUUUAACAGGGAUCCCUGGGUGGCGCAGUGGUUUAGCGCCUGCCUUUGGCCCAGGGCGCGAUCCUGGAGACCCGGGAUCGAAUCCCAUGUCAGGCUCCCGGUGCAUGGAGCCUGCUUCUCCCUCUGCCUGUGUCUCUGCCUCUCUCUCUCUCUCUCUCUGUGUAACUAUCAUAAAUAAAUAAAAAAAAAAUAAAAAAAAUAUGCUUUAACAGAACUAGAUAAACAGCUGUAUAUCUAACAUCAGAGCUCAUGGCCACCUUAACUUGUGUUUUUUGUUUAAAUACGAAGUAAUCCCUUGUAAGGAAAUAACUUUUACACUAAUGGGAAGUAGUGUCUUGAUUAAACUUUUCAUCAUAAGACAGAGUGAUAGCUUUUGAUUUAAGAAUCUGUCAGAUUUCUUCUAACAAAAGAGAUGUAUGCUUGGAAAGCUUCUUUGUAUCUUGCAUUAAAGGAGUAAGAAAAUGAGUUUAAAAUUUUUAAGUCAUACCUGACUCCUUUGCCUGUGUUUUCUGAACUGUAACUUUCUCUACAUUUUAAAGAAAAACUAGAAAACCGUUACAGCAAGCCAAGUAAAAUUGUGGGCAGCAGUCAUUUGUGUAAAGACUUUAAAGCAGUCUUUAAAUUGUGUGAAAGAGGAUAAUUUCCAAAACUAGAUUAAUCAUGUAAUACUUUUUGAAAGUAAUGUAUUGAUAACAUAAGAAAUUUAACUAUAUCCCUAAAGUGUAGCAGAAAAAUAUUUCACAAAUUAAUUGCUAUUAGAAAUGACCAAAUUUUUAUUAACUAGUUUGAUUUGUAAUAAGUAUUGAAUAAUAGUACAAUUAGAAGUUGAUAUUAUAAAAUAAACAACACAUAGUAGGAGUUAUUAGAUAUCCAAUAAUAAAAUGAUGUUUUAUUGGUAAAUGUUACCUAUACAGUAAUACGCCGGUCAAAAACACAUUAAAACAUCAGAGGAUCUCCCUUCUGACUUCCUGGCAUUCACAACUGGGGCACACUAUUUCUUAAAAGCAGAUUGUUGUAUAAUAAUAAUAUGUACAUAUGUUAGGUUUUUGUCAUAUUUUUUUGUUUUAGAAGAAAAUAUACUGUAGGAUAGUUCAAAGUUUAUUAUGUGUUAUUCAUGAAACAUGAGAGUUUCAUGACUGCAGUUGUGAAACGCUGCUAUAGAGUGAAUCCCUUCACUUUGUUAUGAUGUAAUAAUAUUUUUUUCCUUUUGAUUCAGAAAUUUUCUAGGUCUAUAGAAGUAAUCUAUUAUGUUUCUGCUACCUAGCCAAGUAGUACAUGGGUGAUUAUAUCAUAAAAUGGAAAUAAUGUAAAGGCUUUGUUUACUUCUCCACUUGAGCCACGGCAAGCUAUGGCUCAUACUACAAAAUUAUGAAAAGUAAAGAUGACUUAGGCAGUGCCUAAGUGACAAGCCCAAGAUGUUUUGUAACUGAUUUAGUUAAUACCAAUACAUAAAAUAUUUUCAUAGAAAAUAAUGUAUUCAUAGUAAAAUAUCCAAAGUGAUAGGACCAAAUUCUUCUGACUUAAAUGCCUCAGUUUACUUCCUAAUCCAUUACCAGCUUGACCUAAGUAACAGCUUGGGUAGCCUUCCAAGAGUUAGUCUUUGUAAAAUAAAUGGGUAGGUAUGUAAGUACAAUUCCAGUUUUCCAGAAAGGUUUACUGAUUGAUCUUUUAUAGAUGUAAAUAGAUCCAACCAGAAAUAAUUUCUAGCCUUUGCUAUAUAUGCAGAUGUAUGCCAUAAUGUACGACAAAAUGUUUGUUGUACAUGUACAUUUGAAAGUCUAAGAUCAGUGUGCAAUUGUCUUUAGUAACUUUUACUGAAAUCUGCAUUUCAAUUUAGUUCUUUUUUUUUUUUAAUCUUUGACCUAACCUUUUAUAAGAGCUGCUAAUAAUUUCUAAGAUUUUCCCUGUUUCUCUUUUCUACCUUCUCUUUUUUAUAACUGGUGAUUAUAGAAAUUAGCCAGAGGAUGAAAUAUAAGGGACUUGAUAAUUUAGAAACCAGAUAGUCAACUCCUGAACCAUAUAGCUGACUGUGUAUUUGAAAUGAUACACAGUCUCUUUAGUUGCUAAGUCACAUGUUUGUGUUAAACUAAUUAAUAAACUUUAAUUAUUUUUUGAGACUUACAGAUCUGCACUAAUUAUCAUAAUGAAAUAAGUUUUUGAUAUUGCUCCAGUUGGAUAAUUUUAGUGACCAGAACUUCUGUGGAUAAAACUAUUUAACCACAGCAUUAAUGUGUUUAGAAUGGAAUUCUUCAGUGUUAAUAUUUGAAAUGGAAAUGGGUACAUUGAACAUUCUUAGUAAUCUUUAUUCCUAGAAUACAAUUCUCAGUGUCACCAACUCAGUUUGCAUAGUCCUAGGAUUUUAGGAAAUAGGAAGAUUAGCUAAUACAGUAUUUUGCUUCCAUAGUGCCAGAGAUUGGCUGACCCUCAAGGAUAAGCUAGUAAGGUUCUUAGAAUUCCUUGCAUUUGAAUACCAGAGGUAGAUCUGAGAAUUACUGUUCAUAUUUUACUUCUAAAUGUGUGCCACAGAAGUCUCUUAUUCUGAAAUUCUUACUGUUUAGAACUUUAAGUUACCAAAUUUAAAAGUAAAGAUGCAUUGUAAACUGUACCUCAAAUUCGAGAAAUUUUUAUAUUGAUGUAAAUAAAAGUUAAAGGCAGUCCACCCUAGUGCUGUGUAAUGCUGCAGACCACUUCUACCAAACACUGUAAAUAUCAAUUUAGGCAAAAGAGAAGAAGGAAAAGGCUGAUUGCUGGAGUAUUAAAUGAAAGAAAUCUUUUAAAAGUACCAAAGGGCAGGGAGAUUCUCUCUCAGUCACCAGACUCCCAGGGAUUUCCUUGAACCAAGAAAGUUCUUUAAAGUAAUAGUGAAUUGUUUUAAAAUCACAUGGCCUAUUAACUACCAUCUGAAAGCCUCUAUCACUAAAUUUUUUUGGUUUCUGCUAUUGAGAGAUUGUCCACAUCCUUCCUUAAUGAUGGGCCAGCAAGUAAAUAGGACUGUCUUGGAACGCCUGGGUGGCUCAGCGGUUAAGCAUCUGCCUUCGGCUCAGGGUGUGAUCCUGGAGUCCUGGGAUCAAGUCCCACAUCAGGUUUUCUGCGUGGAGCCUGCUUCUCCCUCUGCCUAUGUCUCUGCCUUCAUCUCUCUCUCUCCUCUCUCUCGAAUAAAUAAAAUCUUUAAAAAAAAAAAGAAAAAAAAAAGGACUGUCUUACAGCCAACCUUGCUCCUUCCAAAGGGAGAAGGUAAUACUUCAUUAACCUAGACUUUGUGGUACGGCCCUGGUUAAUGUUUACUGUGUCACUAUCUAGAAAAAAAAAAUACUAAGCAAAUAAUUAGUGCAAAUAAAGUUUGAUCUUUUAAAGCAUUUUAGCAGUAUUAUACCUUAAAAAGUUGUUCUAAAAAGACCCUUUGUAGGGAAAAUAACAGUUUUAAAAUGUAUAUAUAAUUAGUUAAGCUGCAUUUAUUUAGAAAUACCUAAUUUUUACUUAACCCCCUUCUUAUCCAAAGUAGAGAUUUUAUUAUAGUUAGUAUAAAUAUUACUCCUCAUUUAGUCCAAAAUAGCUUUUAAGUUUUGUUGGGUGUUAGUAAUAAAGGGUGAUGUGCAUGUUUUUAGGCAACAUGAUCUGUGAUACAUAGUUCUGAUCCCUCUGUAUAGAAAAGUACUUGACUCACUGUUUCUGUAUUAAGUACUAUAUUCUUAUAACAUUAAUUUGAUGAAUUUAAUAGCAUCCACUUUUGUAUUUUCAUUAUAGUCAUGACCUUUUUAAAGACAGCAGUGUCUUCAUUUGUGCUAAGAAAGUGUGUGCCUUAAAUCCUCCACUGUAGAAAAGUUUGGGGAACUGUGUCAUUUAGUAAGUUGUGAGAUGGUAAUAAUGAGCCUUUGCAUUUGACUUGAGGGAGAAAGACUGCAAGUGACCUCUGAGGGAUUCCUUCCUCUAAAACAGGGCUUAAUGUCUGAGUCUAGGGCUUCUGGAGAGGGAAUCUCAAUUAUGCAUACUAUGGAGAAAGUCAAGCCAUAAGGAUCAGAGUCCCUUGAAAUCAAAUCAGUGAAAAGGUAUAUUCUUUUUUAUAUUAUUUUAUAAAGAAAAUUUAUCUGGUACCACGAAAGGAUGACAGCAGUUCCUAACCAACCUUGUAUUACUAGCAUUAUGCAAAUAUAUUACUGUGAGGCCUAGGAUAUUUUGUGAGUGGUUUCUUUGUAACACUGGGUUGCAAGGGGCUAUGUUUUAACAAUUUUCAUGUAAAUAUCUCCAUUUUUUUCUAUGUUCCUUGGUUCAUAUUUGCUAAGAAUUGACAUAGAAAAUAAUAGUUCACUAACAACAAACAUUGAACACUCACAGGGUAAUACUGAUUUGGGUGCUACUAGACUUAUCUGAGAUUUGUCAGUCUCAAUUUAUCCUAAGGUAUAGUAUUCAAUCUAGUAAAUAUUAAAAUUUAUUAGUUUAAUGACAGUUAUAUACCAUUGUACCAGGAAGCCAUGGUUGGAUUAGGUGCAUUCACCAGAACUUACUUUCUUUGGCUGUGAAUAAAUUGGAUAAAAACUUUUAUUCUAAUUUGUGGUUAGAAGAAACCGAGAUGAGACUGAAAGUGGUAUUGCUGGUACUACAAAAAUAUUACUAAACUGGUUAAUUCUUCUGUUUACAACUGAUGUUUUAAGAGAAUCCUUUUAUUAAAUAGUCGGCAUUUAUGUGGUCAUUAAUGUGAUGUAAUAUAUGUUAUUGAGAAGGAAUAUUAACUUCAACAAUAACAGUACAGUACAAUCAUGGAGAGACCUGUGUGCCUGCAACUGGUGUUUGUUGCAUUUCUGAGCCCACUUGUAUUCAUGAGAAACAAAAAUAUUAUUGAAUAUUGUAAGCUACCAGUAUUUUAACAUUUUAUGAAAAGUUUGGGACUUUGUCAACAGAGGAUAUUGAAAAUAUAUGUACUUUUACUUUAGUCAAAUUAUUUUUCAUUGUCUGAUCUCUUAGUUUUAUGUAUUUGAAAUCUUAUGAAUUAGGGAUAUCUAUAUAAGCAUAUAGAUAUAUAGAUAUUUAAAACAUAAUGUAAUUCAGCAACAUGAUUCAACAAUUAAAUUUUCUUUUCAGGACAAGAUAUAGUUAAGUGCAUCAAAUUUAUAAGUUACUUUGUGAUGGUAAAUGCUCUAAAAAAAUAUUUAAGCUACUUCAAUUCUGUACCUCCAUUUUCCCCACAGGACACACAAAAUGUGAUGCUAUAUUAACCCUCUGUGUGAAUUUUGCCUUAUUAAACAUCGUGCCUUAUUUUAUUAAAAGUACGUUCUUGGAACUUGAUUCUGUAUUCUGGAAAAGUAACACUAUUUUAACUGAAUUGAAUUUAUUUAAAAAAAAAUCUAAAAUCCUUAUAA